UUCUCCAGAAAGCUCCCAAGUCCCAGCACCGCCCCUACCUCAACCCCCCACCCCAUCAACUGAUGAACUCUGUAAUACUGUUCUAAUCCCAACUCCCUAUUCAGUUUUCUCCAGACAAACACUCCUCUUUGGUCUUCUCUCCCGCCUUCUAGUUUGGAGAUUAGCUCACCAAGGCAAACACAGAGUACCCUCUCUCUCUGCAUAAAACAGUGAUGGGUAGCUCAGGAUUUUCAUGGAAAUUGAAGGAUCACCCGAAAUUGCCCAAGGGAAAAACCAUAGCAGUGGUGGUGUUGGAUGGAUGGGGUGAGGCCACCCCUAAUGAAUACAACUGCAUCCAUGUGGCCGAUACCCCCACCAUGGAUUCACUCAAAAAAGUUGCGCCUGAAAGAUGGAGAUUGGUGAGGGCUCAUGGUACUGCUGUGGGGCUGCCAACAGAUGAUGAUAUGGGCAACAGUGAGGUUGGUCACAACGCCCUUGGCGCUGGCCGGAUUUAUGCACAAGGUGCGAAGCUCGUUGAUAUUGCUCUUGAAACCGGUAAAAUCUACGAAGGAGAAGGUUUCAAGUACAUCAAAGAAUGUUUUGAAAACGGAACUCUACACCUCAUUGGAUUAUUGAGUGAUGGAGGUGUCCACUCUAGGCUUGACCAGUUGCAGUUGCUGCUUAAAGGUGCUAGUGAGCAUGGUGCUAAAAGAAUCCGUGUUCAUAUUCUCACAGAUGGACGUGAUGUGUUGGAUGGAACAAGUGUAGGCUUUGUUGAAACUCUUGAAAAUGAUCUGGCAAAACUGCGUGAGAAAGGUAUUGAUGCCCGGAUUGCAUCUGGCGGAGGUCGCAUGUAUGUUACAAUGGAUCGAUAUGAGAAUGAUUGGGAUGUUGUGAAACGAGGUUGGGAUGCCCAAGUGUUGGGAGAAGCACCCCACAAGUUUAAGAGUGCCGUGGAAGCCGUUAAGAAGCUGAGAGAGAUUCCUAACACAAACGAUCAGUACUUGCCUCCAUUUGUUAUUGUUGAUGAUAACGGGAAAGCCGUUGGGCCUAUUGUUGAUGGUGAUGCUGUUGUAACUUUCAACUUCCGCGCUGAUCGUAUGGUUAUGAUAGCCAAGGCACUUGAGUACAAGGAGUUUGAUAAAUUUGAUCGAGUUAGAUUUCCUAAAAUUCAUUAUGCUGGAAUGCUUCAAUAUGAUGGUGAACUGAAACUUCCCAGUCAUUACCUUGUUUCUCCUCCGGAGAUUGAAAGAACAUCCGGAGAAUAUUUGGUGCAUAAUGGUAUCCGAACUUUUGCUUGUAGUGAAACUGUUAAAUUUGGCCACGUCACAUUUUUCUGGAAUGGAAAUCGCUCAGGAUACUUUAACCCAGAAAUGGAAGAAUAUGUCGAAAUUCCAAGUGAUUCUGGCAUUACAUUUAAUGUCCAGCCAAAGAUGAAGGCUUUAGAGAUUGGUGAGAAGGCAAGAGAAGCAAUUCUUAGCCGCAAAUUUGACCAGGUACGUGUCAACCUACCUAACGGUGACAUGGUGGGACACACCGGUGAUAUUCAAGCAACAAUUGUGGCUUGUAAGGCUGCUGAUGAUGCCGUCAAGAUGAUCCUUGAUGCAAUAGAGCAAGUUGGUGGAAUAUAUGUCGUUACUGCUGAUCAUGGGAACGCCGAGGACAUGGUGAAGAGGAAUAAGAAGGGGGAGCCUCUUCUUGACAAGAAUGGCAACAUUCAAAUUCUUACAUCUCACACUCUGCAACCCGUUCCCAUAGCAAUUGGUGGGCCUGGGCUGGCGCCCAGUGUGAGAUUCCGCCAAGACAUUCCCAAUGGUGGGCUGGCGAACGUAGCUGCAACAGUGAUGAACUUGCAUGGAUUUGAGGCACCCGACGAUUAUGAGCCGACCCUAAUUGAGGUUGUCGACAAGUAGAUUAGCCGAGAGUAACAUCAAAUUUUUGCAUAGGAGGACGGCACGGGAAUAUGCGAUCUGUUUUUAAAUAAGAACAGACUAGUUUAUGAUUACUAUUGUAAGCGGUAUUGAACGUUGAGAUAUUGCUACUUGUCAAUUGGA